AUGCUACCACGUGGAAUAUCGUUAGCUAUGACGUGUUCAAACACAUCUAAAACACGUGUACCAGAUGUAUCUGUUCCAACAAACAUUGAAGACUUCUGGAGAAUGAUAUUUCAGGAGGAGAUUCAUUCAGUAGUCAUUGCAAUAAUGCCACUGGAAUGUUCAGUAACUCUUCAACAAAUCUUCCCAUUGCUGAACGGAACAUAUUCGAAUCAUGAAAAGAUGUUUCUGAAUAAUAAGAAAGUGGAAUCGACAGUUGCAAUGACUGCAUACACAUUGGAGAUCCUUCCAGACGGUUGUUCCAAUUCUCUCUUCACUACCGUAUACCAUAUCCAUAAUUGGAAACAAAAAAGAGGAUUGGAUAAUGUUGGAGAUUUGGUGACCACUCUUGAGAAAGUCAUCAAGACAAACGAGAACACUGUCCUAAUGAGUAUGAAUGGAACCGGUCGUGCUGGAACUAUGUUGGCUCUUUUCAACUCAAUGCUUUUUGUUAAUAAAGGAAAAGAAGUGAACACGAAAGAGAUUGUGGAGAAAUUGAGAGCAGAACGAUGCGGUCUCAUUGAUAAUGCCGAACAAUACGGAACGGUGUACAGAGCAAUGGCGUUUUGGUUUAAGACCAAGUCGACGGACGAGCAGGUUCAGAAGAAGAUUAACGAAUUUGCACCCUGUGUUCAAUGA